GCUCUAUGUUCAGUCGGAUGAAGAUCUUCCUACUCUUUCCAUCUCUCACUCCUCUAAAACUUUCUCCAAAUUCCUCUCCAAAAAUCAUCUCAAAAACCAAUCAAAAUCACCUACAAAACCCACCUCCUAAAGCUUCUGAAACCACCCCACAACCCAACUUCUGAAAAUAUCCCUUUUGCUCAUCUUUAACCAUUGCUGGAAUUCCCAAACUACCCUUACGGACCCCACUAACCACAACCCAAAUUCCCAAACUGCCCCUACCUGCAGCCCAAUUCUACCAUGGAUCCCAUCAAGAUAGAGAAGCUUCAAGCAAUGCACAGAUACAAGAAAACCCACUUCCUCCAAACCCUAUUCCAGUACUUUCUAACAGCUCUAGUCCUCAGCAUGGGCUUCUCCAAGGCCAUUUGGAUCCCAUCCACCUUAUUUUCAUCCAUGAAGAUCUUCUUCUCCGUCUCUCUGCCGAACAUCGGUGCAUUUAUCAUUGAUCCCAAGUGCUUGUUCAUCGUCUGCAACGUCAUCAUAAUCUUCCUUAUCAGCGAGUCCAAGCUCUCAUGCCCAUCCUCCACCUCUCCGGACAUCUACGACGAGUAUGUUCGGCGGAGCCAGAGCCUUCGAAGGCAGUCCAUCCUUCAGGAGAAGGAAAAGAGAUCGGAGGUAUGCUCAAAUGAAGGAGAUGAGGAAAUUGUCAAACAUGUAAUAGUAGAAGAAGAAGAAGAAGGAAAAGAGAAAGAAGGAGAAGAGAGAGAAGAAGAAGAGAAGAAAGAGAAAGGAGGAGAAGAGAAAGAGGAAGAAGAGAAGAAAGAGAAAGGAGGGGAAGAGAAAGAAGAAGAAGAAGAAGAAGAAAAGAAGAAAGAGGAAGGAGGUGAGGAAUUAGAAGAAGAAGGAGAAGGAGAGAAUGGAACUGAAGCUGAUGAACUAAAAAAAAAGGUUGAAGAUUUCAUUGCAAGGGUGAAAAAGGAAAGGAUGCUUGAAGCCAGUUUGCUUCUUUGUAGUGGCUGAAGAAAUUAAGAAAACAAGAACUAAAAUAAUGGAAUUCAAAUAAAAAGUAACAUUAGAGAUAGAAACCAGGUUUUUUAUUUUUAUUUUAGGUAGGUUUUGAAAAAACAAGUAUAAUAUUAGAUUCUUUUUUCUUCCUUCCUUUCUUUUCUUCUUUGCUCAGUGCAUAUGAGAUCUGUGUACGAACACAAGAAGUUCUAUGUACAUUUAGAGCCUAAGCAAAAAGA